UUCUUUCUAUCUCGGUUUCUUUCUCUCUCUUGUGCUGCUUUCCUCUUUGACAGUUUGCAAAAGCUGAAUUGGGUACCAAACCAACCACUGAAUAAAGAGCAAAGCCAAAGGAAAAUGAACAGAAGAAAGUGAGAGAAUGCCUUAGAACUUAAGAACAGACGAGGCUGAGAGAUCUCGCCAAAUGGGGUGAGAGAAAGAGAAGAAAAGUAAUAAAAAAAAAAAAACUAUUUCUUCAGCUGCUACCAAUAAAAAAAAAAAAAAAAGUGGAAGAGAAAACCAUACAGAUCAACGGGAGAAAAACUUUUCCAUUUGUUAUUGAUAUUUAAUCACUGCCUCGGAUUUAUCGUUGAGCAGGUAGUUGUUACAAAAUUAAGAGAUAGAAGUAGCUCCUGUACAUUGUUUUCCGAGUUGGGUUCAAUUGAUCAGGAUAAUUAUAUACAGUUUUAUUCUCCGGAGAAUUUUCAAUUUGGGUUUGAACUUAAUUGUCUGGUUUGGUUUAUUUUGAUCGGAGUUUUCGGCCCCAGAUCGGACGUAGGCGUGUUUUAGGCCGCAGCAAUGGCUACUUUGUCGAAAGCCGAUUCUAAACGCAUGUAUUCUUGGUGGUGGGAUAGCCACAUAAGCCCAAAGAAUUCUAAAUGGCUUCAGGAAAAUCUUACAGAUAUGGAUUCCAAGGUCAAACAGAUGAUAAAGGUCAUUGAGGAAGAUGCAGAUUCCUUCGCGAGGAGGGCAGAGAUGUAUUACAAGAAACGCCCAGAGCUUAUGAAAUUGGUUGAAGAGUUCUACCGAGCUUAUCGCGCAUUAGCUGAGAGAUAUGAUCAUGCGACUGGUGUGAUCCGCCAUGCUCACAAAACCAUGGCAGAAGUAUGUCCUAACCAAGUUUACUUACUGGGGUCAGACGAGUCAUCUGGUUCUGCUACUGAGGGAGAUCCCCAUACACCUGAGAUGCUGCAUCCUGGGCGCAUAUUGUUUGACUCUGAUGAACUGCAAAAGGAUGCGAAGAGGAAUGGAGCUUUCACCGAAGAACCACCUGAUCCUUCAACAAGAAAGGGUCUAAAACAGCUACAUGAUCUGUUUGGUUCUGGAGAAGGAGUAGUCCAUGCCAAGUUUGGAGAAGGAAGGGCUAGAAAAGGACUCAAUUUUCAUGAUGUUGGGGAGGAGAGAGAUCCAAGUGUCCAAAACAAUGGGGGCCAAGAUCUCCAAGCUCAGUCCUCAUCAGAAUCUGAUCGAAUGGGCAAAGCUGAGACAGAAAUUUCGAAAUUGAAGAAAGCCCUUGCUAAAUUAGAAUCUGAAAAGGAAGCUGGUUUACUUGAGUAUGAACAAAGUUUGAAGAGAUUGUCCAAUCUUGAGUCUGAAGUCUCUCGAGCCCAAGAAGAUUCCUGGGGCCUCAGUGAACGAGCUAGCAAAGCGGAAACUGAGGUUCAGAAUUUGAAAGAGGCUCUUGCCAAAUUACAGGCUGAAAGGGAAGCUACUCUUCUUCAAUACCAGCAGUAUUUGGAGACAAUAUCGAGUCUGGAAAACAGUAUUUCUUCUGCUCAAAAGGAUGCUGGUGAGCAUAAUGAGCGUGCCAUAAAAGCGGAAACCGAAGUGGAAUAUCUAAAACAAGACCUUGCUAGGAUGGGAGCUGAAAAAGAAGCUGCACUUGCACAGUACAAAUAUUAUCUGGAGAUGAUAUCAAAUCUGGAGGAUAAGUUACUGAGAGCAGAGGAGAAUGCUAGACAAAUUACUAUGCGCUUCGAUAAAGCUGAAUGUGAAGUUGAAACCUUGAAGCGAGAAGUUUCCAAAUUAAUGGAGGAGAAGGAAGCUGCUGCUCUGAAAUACCUUCAGUGCUUAGAGAAAUUGACUGAACUUAAGCAGAAACUCUCUCGUUCUCAAGAGGAGGCUCGAAGGCUCAAUUAUGAGAUAGAUGAUGGGGUUGCAAAGUUAAAGAGUGCCGAAGACAGGUGUCUUGUUUUGGAAAGAUCUAAUCAGAAUCUACAGUCGGAGUUGGAGUCCUUAGUGCAUAAGGUGGGAUCUCAAGGUGAGGAACUAACAGAGAAGCAGAAGGAACUGGGUAGACUUUGGACUUGCAUACAAGAAGAGAGGAUGCGAUUUGUGGAAGCUGAAACUGCUUUCCAAACAUUGCAGCAUUUGCAUUCUCAGUCUCAGGAAGAACUAAGAUCACUGGUCGCACAGCUUCAGAAUAGGGCUGAAAUCUUGGAGGACAUGAAAACUCGUAAUCAGGGUUUGGAAAAUAAGGUCCAGAAAGUCAAGGAGCAAAACAAGAGUCUGAAUGAGCUCAAUUUGUCUUCUGCAGUGUCCAUAAAGAAUCUGCAAGAUGAGAUGUUGAGCUUGAGAGAGACAAUAAAGAAACUUGAAGAGGAGGUUGAACUUCGAGUGGACCAGAGAAAUGCUCUCCAGCAAGAGAUUUACUGUCUGAAGGAAGAACUGAAUGAACUGAGUAAGAAGAACCGGUCAAUGCUAGAGCAGGUCGAUUCAGUUGGCUUUGAUCCAGAAUGCUUCGCGUCAUCUGUGAAGGAAUUGCAGGACGAGAACUCAAAGCUAAAGCAAGACUGCGAGGCAAAUCAAAAUGAGAAAGCAGCUCUUUUGGAACAGUUGAAGAUCAUGGAGAAACUUACGGAGAAAAAUUCGCUUUUGGAAAACUCUCUUGCUGAUUUGCAUGUUGAGUUAGAAGGAGUUAGAGAGAAGGUGAAGGCACUGGAAGAAUCAUGUCAGUCUCUUCUAGAAGAGAAGUCCAAUCUUGCUGCUGAGAAGACCAGUUUGACUUCUCAAUUACAAGUUACAACCGAGAAUUUGGAUAAACUGUCAGAGAAAAACAACUUUUUGGAAAAUUCUCUUUUCGAUGCGAAUGCUGAAAUUGAAGUAUUGAGGGUGAAGUCCAGGAGCUUAGAAGAUUCAUGCUUGUUGCUCGACGGAGAGAAGACCAAUCUCGUCACAGAAAAAGAAAGUUUAGCUUCUCAGUUGGACAUUAAUCGGCAGAGACUUGAGGGUCUAGGAAAUAGAUAUGCAGUACUAGAAGAGAAACUUUUUGCUUUUGAAAAGGAGAGAGAGACUGCACUUGGCACGGUUGAAGAACUACGUGCUUUCUUGGAUGCCGAGAAGAAAGAGCGUGCCAGUUUCACGCAGUUGAGUGAGACCCAUUUGGCAGGUAAGGAAUUGCAGAUUCGUCAACUACAAGAAGAAGGUCUUUGCAGGAAGAAAGAAUAUGAAGAGGAACAAGUGAAAGCAUUCAGUGCUCAUAUCGAAAUCUUAAUUUUGCUAAAAUGCAUACAAGGCCUGGAGAAAAAGGGUCUCUCUCUCCUCAAUGAGCACCAAAAGCUCUUGGAGGCGUCAGAAAAGUCAAAGAAACUGAUUUCGGAGUUGGAGCAUGGAAAUAUUGAACAAAAAGUGGAGAACAAAACCCUGGCAGAGCACAAUAAUGUACUGAAAAUGGGGCUUGAUAAGUUGAUGAAGACUCUACAAAUUGACACGGAUCAUGGCUGUGGCAAUAGGGUUGAGCAGGAUCAAAGAAUUCUAAACAAUGUAUUUGUCAAACUCCAAGAGACACAAGAUUCUCUCUUUAGAAGUUGUGAUGAAAAUCAACAACUGAUUAUUGAGAAGUCAGUUCUUGUGACCAUAUUAGAGCAACUGCAGUCAGAGGGUGCUAAUCUUAUGACAGAAAGAAAUAGUCUUGAAAAGGAGUUUGGGAUCCAGUCUGGGCAGUUAAUGGCAUUACUUGUAGAGAAGCAAAAGCUUUUGCAGACUAAUGAAGAAUUGAGACUGAAAAUAGAAGAGGGUGACAAAAGGGAGGAAGUAUUGACGUCUAAAUCAGAAAGCCUUCACAAGCAGCUGUUGGGCUUGCAAGGGGCUCACCAAAAUCUGCAGGAUGAUAAUUCUAAGGCCCUUGAAGAGAAAGGAUCCUUGGCGAAGAUAGUCUCGGACUUGGAAGAACAGAAAAGUUGCCUGGAAAAGGACAACCAUGUCAUGUUUGAUGAAACAAUAUUUUACAGUAAUCUUUCUCUCGUUUUGAAUGAUAUCAUCUCCAGAAAGCUGGCGGAUCUUGAAGAGCUUAGUGGAGAGUUGAACAAACUUCAUCUUGUUAAUACUGACCUCGAUGAGAAGGCAAGAUUAUUGGAGGAAAAGUUGGAAGGUCUACAGAAGGAAAACCUGCAUCUUAAGGAGUGUUUGGAUAAGUCAGCCAGUGAGCUGAAUAUGGUUAAAUCUGUCAAUGAUCAAUUAAAAAGUGAAAUAAUCGAUGCAAAGGUGCUAGUGUCUCAGAAGGAAAAUGAGAUUAAGCUGUGGGAGGGCAAGGGUGAGGCAUUCUUUGUUGAACUGCAAACCGCCAACGUUUGUGAAGCAUUGCUCGAAGGAAAGAUUAAUGAGAUCACUGAAGCAUUUGUAAGCCUCAAAGGCAGAAGCAAUUCCAAGAGUAUGGAGAUUGAACUUCUGAAACAAAAAGUUGGCACAUUCGAGGACGCAAAUGGAGGACUCGAAGCUCAGUUGGCUGCAUAUUCAUCAGCUGUUCUCUCUUUGAAGAAUUCUAUAGCGUCUCUUGAGAAGAAUACAGCAAUGCAAGGAGAACCUUGCAAACUCGUCAAUGAAGAAUCAGAGGAUGCUCAAUCGGUGACCCGGUACGCUGAAAUCUCUGAAACAAAUGAAGUUCACAGCGGUGCAGUGCCAAAUGGUAUUUCGGACUUGUGGGAUUUGGAAAGAAGGAUCGGAGCCUUAGAAAUGGCAGUGGUGGAAAAGCAAAAGAAUGUGAUGCUGGAAAACUUAACUGCAAGUACCAAACUGGAUGCUGCAAUGAGAGAGAUUGAAGAGUUAAAGGCCGUUGCUAGACAGUACCAAGAAAAUGGUCAAACAAGCAAGCAUAUCACUGUAAGUGGAGAGGAAGAAGAAUUGAGGAACGGGUUCAACAAGAACCUGAAGGUGCGAACAAAGACAAAAUCGCAUGAAAUCUCCGAAUUGGGUAAUGAAGUUCUGACCAAAGACAUCAUGCUUGAUCAUAUAUCUUCUGAUUGUUCAUCCUUUGGAAGAAGCAAGAGAGAAAACGCGGAUAAUCAAAUGCUCGAGUUAUGGGAGACCACUGACCACGAUGGCAGCAUUGACUUGAAGGUUGGGAAGGCUCAGAAGACGGCUACUACACCGAAUGAUCAUCGUCGGGUUGAUGCAGUCAAAGCACACAAGAGCAAAGCCCCAUCUAUAGAAUCACUAAUGGAGAAGGAGUUGGGGGUGGACAAGUUAGAGAUCUCAAGAAGGUUCUCCGAGUCUCGUCAAGAAGGGAACAAGAAAAGGCUCCUUGAAAGACUAGAUUCUGAUGCUCAGAAGCUGUCAAACCUUCAGAUAACCUUGCAGGAUUUGAAGAGAAAGGUGGAGAUCACUGAGAAGACCAAGAAGGGCAAAGGCAUUGAGUAUGACAGUGUGAAGGGGCAACUAGAGGAGGCCGAGGAGGCAAUCACAAAGUUGUAUGAUGCGAAUCGCAAGUUGAUGAAAAACCUCGAAGAUGGUUCACAAUCCUCAGAUGGGAUGUCUACAAAUGGAUCAGAUGAAAGUGGGAGCGUGAGGAGGAGGAGAAUUUCGGAGCAGGCGAGAAGGGGAUCGGAAAAGAUUGGCCGUUUGCAAUUGGAAGUCCAGAGAUUACAGUUUCUGCUGUUGAAGCUUGAUGGUGAUGCAAAAGAAAGCAGACCAAGAACUAGAAUCACUGAGCACAAGUCAAGAGUUCUCUUGCGUGACUAUCUAUAUGGUGGCGGGAUCAGAACCGGCCGCAAGUACAAGAGAGCCGCUUUCUGUUCAUGCGUGCUGCCACCAACUAGAGGAGAUUAAAAGCAAUAAAACUUUUUUAUUUUUCUCAAUUAUCAGCACAUAAAUGUAGUUUUAUAAAUAAUGAGACGGUAGAAUUUCUGUCCAUAAAUUUUCUAUCUCUAGAGCUGUUCUAUGUAGACCGUACGACCUUUUCCUUUUUAUCGUUUUUAUAGAGGAUCUGGUCUUCUUUUAGUUUUUGAGAUCCUGCUGUAGAUGACAGGCCCGUCCACUAAUCAAAGGAAGCCAUCUCUCAUCUCA